AUGAAGCGGCUUACGCUUUGUGAAGAUUCAACUGCUUGCAGCUUCCGGAAUAAGAUACGGAUUGUUAAGUCUGCUGUCAUGGACCCUUAUGGAGCAGUAUCGACAGAUCUAUUCGACAUACCAGCUGCAGAACAAGAAAUAACUGUUGGGUCUAAUGAUCAACCAAUUGUAUCAGGCAAUGCGAAUUUACCAGGAGUUGGACAUUCUGCUGUAUCUAGUGCGGGAACCAUCACUAUGGGAGCAGAUGGAACCUUACACUUUCAAAAGGCAUCAUCUGGUCAACAAGGCCCACGCGUCAUAAUGUUACAGAGGAGUGCCCCAGGGUCUGGACCGACUGUGCCGAACUCGCCGGUUCAACGUCCAGGAUUAAAGACUGUGAAGAUAAUUACUGUUCCGGGUCAAGGUGCUGGAGGUAAACCUCUAAAGGCAGCAGUGAUACCAAUGCAUAUGCUCCAAAGAACUGUCAAAAUACUUCCUGCUGGGUUAUCAUCUGGUCCCACAGUCUUGACCGGUGCUACCACUAUUACACCUGUGAGACCUGGCACGCUGAUUUUUUCUGGUGCUCCGUCGACACAGUUCACUGGAUCUUCUGUCAACUAUCAAAGUUCUGAGGAUGUUGAGAAUCAAAUGAUUAUAGGGUCUGGAGGUGAAAUUAUUAACGGAGCUCCUCACGGUGUCCUUACAACUUCUGGUUAUUACGAUAUAAAUAUGCAUAAUGCCGCUGGCUUCGAACACUCAGCCAGUCCGGCUGGUCGUGAGGAGGGUGAAGAACAAGAACAGGUUACAACCGGUCUGAAAACCAAUGGUCUUCGACGUUAUGCCCGUUGUGUUUGUAACAAGGUUAAAGAGAAAGGUAUAACUUCCUAUAGUGAGGUUGCUGAUGAGCUUGUACACGAGUAUGCUGCUGAACAUCCCAUGAUUCCAUCUGAACAACUUCAUUAUAUUCAGAAGAAUAUUCGUCGGCGCGUUUAUGAUGCAUUAAAUGUUCUAAUGGCCUUAAAUGUACUUCAAAAAGAGAAAAAGGAGAUCCGUUGGGUUGGACUGCCCGUAAAUAUGAUAGAAGAAUGUCGGCGUUUGGAAGAAGAGCGUGAAAAGCGACAGAUUUCUCUGCGGAAUAAAACUGUUGAAAUACAAGAUCUCAUCAUGCAAUUGAUUGCUUUUAAAAACCUUGUAAUGCGCAAUAAAAUCAAUGACCGUUGUAGACGUAAUGGUAUGGUUUCAGAAUCUAACACUUGUGGUGGAUCACGUAACAUCAAUACUGAUUCAGAUAAAAUGACAUCUAAUGGUACUUCGAAAAUUCGUAAUGAAAAGAUUCCUUUGCCAUUUUUGGUGAUAUCCACUCACAGGAAAACUGUUAUUGACUGCAAUAUAUCUACUGAUAAGUUGGAAUAUUUAUUUAAUUUCGAUCAAGCCUACGAGAUACGUGAUGAAGUUGAUACCUUAAAACGCAUGGGUUUAAUGCUUCGCCUAGGUACUAUUCAUUGUACACAAGAGGAGUAUAAUCAAUGCUUAGAGUUAGUACCACCAUCUCUAAGAUUUUAUGUAGAGGCCAUUUACGAACGACGUCAGGCCAUUGUACCUGACUUUGAGGCGCUUCAUCAACAAAGAAGGUUAUUCGUUGAAGCCAGAUUAGCUGCUGCGGCUGCAGCCGGUCAUACUGAUGAAGGUGGUGACUCUAUGGGAUCCGGUGGUCAUGGAGGGCCAGUUAACGUGCAUCAACAGUUAGAUCACUCUUUACGUAGUAGUCAGCGAUCACCACUCGAUACCAACUCUCAUUAUACUAGCUUGUUCGAUACAACGAAUACAAAUGUAAAUGAAGGUGGUUUACGGCAACUUUAUUUAAAUCGAAGUCCAGACGAUGAAGACGGUGGUCAUAUUUCUGGAUCUGUUUCUAAUAGUGGGUUUGUGCCUGGUGAUACUCAGCAUUAUGCUCGUGCAGCCGCAUCUCGUGGUUAUGUUGUACCAGGUGGUCCAGGCGGACUUUUACGCCAUCGACAGCAUACUCCAUCUUCCGGAGUCUCUAGCAUUUUAAACCGUCAGUUUAGAAGUGAUGGAGCUUCUCGCAUGGGUUCGUCAACCUUGAUCAGAACUCUAAUUAGUGAUAGCCGUGAAAUGGCUUCUUCCACGAGCUUUUCUACAAAACAGUCAACGAAUUCUGACGUUGGACUAUAUCGACCACCUUGUAAGUAUGGGAGAACUUGUUAUCGAAAAAAUCCUCAACACUUUGAAGAAUUUUAUCAUCCAGAUAAUGAAGUAUUGGUUGGGCACCAUACUACAAACACAAACAGCACCAAAGAUUCAGAAGACGUAUCAACCAAUGAAAAUUUCUAUGGCAUUUAUCUCUUUCGCGUAUCUGGUGUAAAGUACGGUAGAAUUCCUACCAUAACCUUAAAGGAAAUUCUUAAUUCCUCUGAUGAUGAACUUGUAUCUUCAAUUCAAUUUAAUUAUAUGUUUGAUAUACCAUGGCUAAGGGAACAAUAUCCUGAGCGCUUCAGAUCACUACCACUCACUAUUGUACACGGUUUCCAAGGGAAAAUGAAAAAAUCAUUAGAUGAAUCUGCUGCAAAUUACAGUAAUAUACGAAUUUGUCAAGCCCAUAUACGUUUGCCAUACGGUACACAUCAUACAAAAAUGAUGAUGCUCAAAUAUAAAGAUGGUUUAAAAAUUAUCAUUCAUACAGCGAAUAUGAUAUCAGAUGAUUGGGAUCGAAGAACUCAAGGAAUUUGGAUUAGCCCGAAAUUAAAGUUAUUAAGCACGGAACAACUGAAGCACUUGAAUGAUACAGAUUCAAGAACUAAUUUUCGUGCAGAUCUACUUGAGUACUUAAAAUCAUAUGGAAGAGAUUUAACCCAGUCAACCAGUUCACCCUUAUUUGAAUGGAUUAAUUGUUUGCACAGUUAUGAUUUUCGACCAAUUAAGGUUGUAUUAAUUGCGUCAGUCUCUGGAAGACAUGUUGGCGAGUCACUAAACAAAUUUGGUCAUACACGUUUAGGAGAGGUAUUACACACAUGUAAUAGUCAAAUACCUUCGUCUUGGCCAGUGAUUGGCCAGUUUUCAAGCAUUGGUUCUUUAGGUCUUAAACCUACGGAUUGGUUUACCACUGAAUGGUCAUCAAGUUUAGCCGGUAGAGGUGCCAGAGGCUUACGAAUGAUUUAUCCGUGUGUUGAAGAUGUUCGUAAUAGUUUGGAAGGUUAUUUUGCCGGUGGAUGUUUACCAUAUACAAAGAGAACAGCUGAAAAACAACCAUGGCUUUGUCAGUUCUUUUAUCGCUGGCAUGCUUUUGAACAUAGUCGAUGUGCUCCUCACAUUAAGUCAUACACUAGGAUAUCACCAGAUGGUCAACAGAUAGGAUGGUUUCUUCUGACUAGUGCAAAUCUUUCAAAAGCUGCUUGGGGUGCCUAUGAAAAAUCAAAAACUCAAUUGAUGAUUCGUUCAUAUGAACUGGGUGUGCUGUUUUUGCCAACAAAUUAUAAGGUUGGUGUUUUUUCCCCGUUUUUGUUUUUCUCAGGCUAUGAGGUACACGAUUUUAUGAGUGAACAUUUGUGAUUCGUAGGAGGGGGGGAAAUUGAUAAACCGAAUAAUAAGCAUUUUCAAUUUGGACCGGAAAGGAAUCAGCCCAUUCAUUUGAAGUUUUAAAAAACAAUGCAAAAUAUUCUCAAUCAUCAACUGAUGGAUUACUACCCUUUCCUAUUCCAUAUGAAUUACCUCCAGUGAAAUAUCAAUCAAACGAUGAACCAUGGAUUUUGGAUAAACCUCAUAGUCUACCUGAUAUAUUUGGUCAUAUUUGGGAGCCCUCUUGAAUACUUUAUGAAUAAAUUGAUUUUUUUUUCUCCCUAUUUCUGAAGGCAAUAAAUUUGUUUGUAAUUCCUUUCAAAUAUUUCCAUGAUAUGAUCAUGGUUUAUAAUGGAUCGGUUAUUCCUUCUUUGAAUUGAAUAUACCUCUUUAAUAAUGUAUACUCUUUUAUAUAAGAUGAUUCUUAAUUCUACAUUUAAUUAAGAGUUAUUUAUGUGUUUCUUAUCGAGAGAGAGAGAGAGAACGAAAGAAAAAAGGAGGGGGAAAGAGAAAUAUAGACAGCUAAACAGAAAAGUAACUAAUCUAUCUAAACUGUGUAUCACUCAGAAUUGUUUUUAAUUUAAUUAAACAUUUUUUUAUAAAAAAAAAGAAGACCUAUCCUUCCUUUUACAAUGCGUUCAUCUUCAUUUUGUAUACAUUGGCAACCCGGUAUAAUUCUUCUGAAUUUAUUAUUAUUAUUAUAACUAAAGUUUGUAAAAAUAAAUUACAAGAAACUCACUUUGAUAUGACGUAUAAUUUUAUUCGUUUGUGUAUAUAUUCAUUUUAGUUAGUUUGUGAAUGUAAUAUUUAGAUUAAUUAUAAAGGCCCUUAAGUUAUAAUUCUCACUUAAUCAAUUUGGAGUUGGAAAGUUAUUCAGUAUAUCAUUAGUAUUUUCCUAACGGGUAUAAAAUUAAAUUGCAUUUAUUGUUCGUUUUGAUAUCCUGAUAGAUCUUACUGAGAAUGCAUAAU